CGGCAAGCACUUGGGUCCUGAGAACGGGGAGACGAGACCCUGAUCCACAGAUGAUCACCCCUUGUGGUACGUUGUAUACCGUUGCAAGCAAAGUCGUGCACGAUGCCGGCGCAGGCUGGGCCUUCAUCCGUCGCCCUUGACGUGCUCAAUCACUCUCGCCAUCAUGCCAUCGGCGCCUCUUCCUCGUUCCACACACACGCGCACGCGCAUGCGCUAGCACAAGCACCCUCCCUUUCCAUCCUAGGCGAGUCUCUGGCUCAGUCCAGCGUUCCAUUUCAGCGCGAAUUAGUCGCCAGGGCACUAGAGAGGGGAGAGCCGGUGCUGCUUGUCACGCUUUUACGGCACCCUUCUAUAUACUUGGAUGCCCUGCCACCUGACCUGGAGAAGCGCGCCCACGGAGGACUUGUGCACACUCUCGACAUCUGCAGUUCAGAUGCUUACAGCAAUUCGGCGCCGCAGGCACCGUCUUUCGAUACCAAAUCAAUCCAAGACGCCAUCGCUCGGGUGUACACUCAAGCCCGCGGUCGUCUGUCUGUAAUCAUCGACUCUGUCGAGCCGCUCUUGACCGAAACCGACAAUGCCUCGGAUGUUGUAGUCGACGUGGUACGAAGCGCGCUCGCUUCGUUGAGAGAUGGCAGCCGUUUGCUUGUCGGAGUUCCACUUGAUAGCCUCUCGGAAGAAGCAGAAAGUCUGCUUCAACAGUUUGAAAACCCGCUACUCUGGGAUCGCGGGUCCAGUACGCCAUCCGGCACAGUGGCGCCAGGUACCUUCACUCGCCUCUCCAUCCAACCAGCUGCUUUGGCAGCGUUUAUUCGGAAAGAGUACGGUCUCGUCAUGCCGCCGACACCUCCCGCCUUGCGAAGGCACCUGAGGAACAUCGAGCAUCAAAGAUCAGAUGAUGAGAGCCAACGCGCCAGCCAUGAUGCCGGUGGCCACGCAGACGAUGAAGAUCAGCAGAGCGCUGAUCCCAGACUGUGGGGAAUUCUCGAGGCGGUGAUCAGUAGAGGCCCUCUAGGAUCUGGCACAUCCAACGUAGGUUGGUGGAAUGCGCAUCAGCGGGACGACCGGCCGCCGCUGGAAGCUCUCUCCAGCUCAGACUAUCUGAGCCACCAGGCAUCCAGCUUCCCUGGCACACAAAGGGCGAACGCUGCCAGACGCGCGAGCGAGCAUCAGCAAGCGGCAUAUCAGGCUUGCAUUUAUGCAAGGCAGCGGCAAAGGAGUGGCAAAUUCGCUCAGGAGGUGUUGCACUAUCGCAUUCAUGACGGUCGGCUGCAUCUGCUGCCCAUUUUGCCACAUACUGCAGGUGACGCAUCAGCAGUCCCGGCAGCAUCUGGCGCUAAAUACGGAGAGGGCGAGCACCAAAAAGGGAAAGCACAAAGCGCAGGACCGAGACUGUCUGACCAGUUUUCUUCAGAUACAACGCAUGCCGGCAUGCUUUUUAAGCUACCUUUCAACCUCAAUGAAACCGGCGAUCAGCGGGCACGCAGAGAAGGUGUUGCGUUGCCUCACGCUCAGCUUGCCCAAGCCCCUGGCCGAGUGAUCUUCCAGCCCGAGAGCGACGAUGAUCCGGACGAGGAUGAUCCGGAUGAUGAUGUCGAGCUGUGAAGCACUGGGCACUGUGCUCACACUGUAAUGAGAACGCGAUGGUCAGG